AUGGAGCCAGACGGACCUCCAGAGUCAGAGAGUUCAGAAAGAUCAAUAUUUUUCUCACAGCAAGAAGAUGAUGAAGAAGAAGGUGAUGAUGAAGGAGAAUCAAAAGAACCAGAAGAAAUAGGCACCCUUAAUCCUGUCUUACAACCUGCCCUCACAGGGGAUGUAGAAGGUUUGCAGAAGAUUUUUGAGGAUCCUGAGAACCUUCAUCAUGAACAGGCCAUGCAGCUACUCUUGGAAGAAGACAUCAUUGGGAGAAAUUUGUUGUAUGCAGCUUGCAUGGCUGGGCAAAGUGAUGUGAUUAGAGCUUUGGCAAAAUAUGGUGUGAAUCUGAACGAAAAAACCACCAGAGGUUACACACUCUUACACUGUGCUGCAGCCUGGGGUCGUUUGGAAACUUUGAAAGCACUUGUGGAAUUGGAUGUUGAUACAGAAGCUCUGAACUUUCGGGAAGAAAGAGCUCGAGAUGUUGCUGCUCGGUAUUCCCAGACCGAGUGUGUUGAAUUCCUGGACUGGGCAGAUGCAAGGCUGACUCUGAAAAAAUAUAUUGCAAAGGUCUCUGCAGCUGUUACAGACACAGAAAAGGGACCAGGGAAGCUCUUUAAGGAAGACAAGAAUACCAUCCUCAGUGUAUGCCGUAUAAAAAAUGAAUGGUUGGAAACCCAUUUGAAAGCUUCUGUCAGCGAGCUUUUGGAGCAGAAACAACAAUUGGAAGAUAUUGUGACUCCUAUCUUCACAAAAAUGGCAGCACCGCGUCAAGUGAAAAGUGCCAAAUCUGUAGUCUAA